AUGCGCCCUGAAGCGUUCACGGACUCGGAAUGUUGACAAAGAAAUGUAAAGCCUCGGGCUAUGCGUGACUUGUUGACAAUAGAGGCGGGGAAAAUAUGAUUUAUUUGAUGCGCCUAAUGGAUGUAGCACGUUGUUGUUUUGGGCUACAGGUACCCUUUAAGACAGAACAUAAUAUACAACUUGUACUUUUGUUUUCUCCAAAGAGUUCAGCAACAGAGAUCCCAAGUGAUCCCAGGAGACCUGGACCCCAUAUUUAAGCUGCUUGAGAAGAACAUUGUCAGCUUUAUGAAGAGCGAGCUGAAGAAGAUGCAAAAGGCCCUAAAUCCAGAUUACCCAGAAGGCCCUGCGGGUCGGAAGGAAGAUGAGGAGAUGUUGGAUGGUGAGGAUGAAGAGCAGAUGAGGAGCAGCAGGGAAGCAUUUCUGAAGAUCACGCUUAACUUCUUGAGGAGAAUGGAGCAGGAGGAGCUGGCUGACUGUCUGCAGAGCAAAACUGGUGUGACUGCAGCCCAACAUGAACUCAAGUCUAACCUGAAGAAGAAGUUCCAGUGUGUGUUUGAGGGGAUCCCUAAAGCAGGAAACCAAACCCUCCUGAACCAGAUCUACACAGAGCUCUACAUCACAGAGGAGGGACUGCAGGUCAACGAGGAGCAUGAGGUCAGACAGAUUGAAACAGCAUCCAGGAAACCACACAGACCAGAAACACCCAUCAGACAAGAAGACCUCUUCAAAGCCUCGCCAGGAAGAGAGGAGCCAAUCAGAACAGUGAUGGCGAAGGGAGUGGCUGGCGUUGGGAAAACAGUCCUAACACAGAAGUUCACUCUGGACUGGGCUGAAGACAAAGCCAACCAGGACAUCCACUUCCUGUUUCCAUUCACGUUCAGAGAGCUGAAUGUGCUGAAAGAGAAGAAGUUCAGCUUGGUGCAACUUAUCCAUCACUUCUUCACUGAAACCAAAGAAGCAGGAAUCUGCAGGUUUGAAGAGUUCCAGGUUGUGUUCAUCUUUGACGGUCUGGAUGAGUGUCGACUUCCUCUGGACUUCCUCAACAAUGAGGUCCUGACUGAUGUCACAGAGUCCACCUCAGUGCAUGUGCUGCUGACAAACCUCUUCAGGGGGAAACUGCUUCCCUCUGCUCGCCUCUGGAUAACCACAAGACCUGCAGCAGCCAAUCAGAUCCCUCCUGACUGUGUUGGCUUGGUGACAGAGGUCAGAGGGUUCACUGACCCCCAGAAGGAGGACUACUUCAGGAAGAGGUUCAGGGAUGAGGAGCAGGCCAGCAGGAUCAUCUCCCACAUCAAGACCUCCCGAAGCCUCCACAUCAUGUGCCACAUCCCCGUCUUCUGCUGGAUCACUGCUACAGUUCUGGAGGACGUGUUGAAGACCACAGAGGGAGGAAAGCUGCCCAAGACCAUGACUGAGAUGUACAUCCACUUCCUGGUGGUUCAGUCCAAAGUGAAGAUGGUCAAGUUUGAUGGAGGAGCUGCAACGGAUCCACACUGGAGUCCAGAGAGCAGGAAGAUGACUGAGUCUCUGGGAAGACUGGCUUUUGAUCAGCUGCAGAAAGGGAACCUGAUCUUCUAUGAAUGCGACCUGACCGAGUGUGGCAUCGAUAUCAGAGCAGCCUCAGUGUACUCAGGAGUGUUCACACAGAUCUUUAGAGAGGAGAGAGGACUGUACCAGGACCAGGUGUUCUGCUUCGUCCAUCUGAGUGUUCAGGAGUUUCUGGCUGCUCUUCAUGUCCAUCUGACCUCCAGCAACUCUGGUGUCAACCUGAUGGCAGAAAAACAACUAAGAGCUAAAGGCCUUGGUCGGCCUAAAGUAUUGAGAGCUAGACUCAAACAUCUCUACCAGAGUGCUGUGGACAAGGCCUUACAGAGUCCAAAUGGACACCUGGACUUGUUCCUCCGCUUCCUCCUGGGUCUUUCCCUGGAGACCAAUCAGAGUCUUCUGCAAGGUCUGCUGACACAGACAGGAAGUAGCUCACAGACCAAUCAGGAAACAGUCCAGUACAUCAAGAAGAAGAUCAGUGAGGAUGUGUCUCCAGAGAAAAGCAUCAAUCUGUUCCACUGUCUGAAUGAACUGAACGAUGGUUCUCUGGUGGAGGAGAUCCAACAGGCCCUGAGAUCAGGACGUCUCUCCACAGAUGGACUGUCUCCUGCUCAGUGGUCAGCUCUGGUCUUCAUCUUACUGUCAUCAGAAGAAGAUCUGGAGGUGUUUGACCUGAAUAAAUACUCUGCUUCAGAGGAGGCUCUUCUGAGGCUGAUGCCGGUGGUCAAAGCCUCCAACAAAGCUCUGCUGAAGGGCUGUAACCUCUCAAAGAGAAGCUGUGGAGCUCUGUCCUCAGUCCUCAGCUCCCAGUGCUCUAGUCUGAUAGAACUGGAUCUGAGCUCCAACCAGCUGCGGGACUCAGGAGUGAAGCUCCUCUCUGCUGGACUGGAGAGUCCACAUUGUAGACUGGAGACUCUGAGUCUGUCAGACUGUGGGAUCACAGAGGAAGGCUGUUCUUCUCUGGGAUCAGCUCUGAAGUCAAACCCCUCCAGUCUCAGAGAACUGGAUCUGAGUAGAAACCAGCUGCAGGAUUCAGGAGUGAAGCUGCUGACUGGUUUUCUGGAGAGUCCACGUUGUAGCCUGGAGACUCUGAGACUGUCAUGGUGUGGGAUCACAGAGGAAGGCUGUUCGUCUCUGGGAUCAGCUCUGAAGUCAAACCCCUCCAGUCUCAGAGAACUGGACCUGAGAGGAAACCAGCUGCAGGAUUCAGGAGUGAAGCUGCUGACUGGUUUUCUGGAGAGUCCACGUUGUAGACUGAGGACUCUGAGUCUGUCACAGUGUGGGAUCACAGAGGAAGGCUGUUCUUCUCUGGGAUCAGCUCUGAAGUCAAACCCCUCCAGUCUCAGAGAACUGGAUCUGAGCUCCAACCAGCUGCAGGAUUCAGGAGUGAAGCUGCUGACUGGUUUUCUGGAGAGUCCACGUUGUAGCCUGGAGACUCUGAGUCUGUCAUGGUGUGGGAUCACAGAGGAAGGCUGUUCUUCUCUGGGAUCAGCUCUGAAGUCAAACCCCUCCAGUCUCAGAAAACUGGAUCUGACAGGAAACCUGCUGCAGGAUUCAGGAGUGAAGCUGCUGACUGGUUUUCUGGAGAGUCCACGUUGUAGCCUGGAGACUCUGAGUCUGUCAGGCUGUGGGAUCACAGAGGAAGGCUGUUCUUCUCUGGGAUCAGCUCUGAAGUCAAACCCCUCCAGUCUCAGAGAACUGGAUCUGACAGGAAACCAGCUGCAGGAUUCAGGAGUGAAGCUGCUGACUGGUUUUCUGGAGAGUCCACGUUGUAGCCUGGAGACUCUGAGUCUGACACGCUGUGGGAUCACAGAGGAAGGCUGUUCUUCUCUGGGAUCAGCUCUGAAGUCAAACCCCUCCAGUCUCAGAGAACUGGAUCUGAGAGGAAACCAGCUGCAGGAUUCAGGAGUGAAGCUGCUGACUGGUUUUCUGGAGAGUCCACGUUGUAGCCUGGAGACUCUGAGUCUGUCAGGCUGUGAGAUCACAGAGGAAGGCUGUUCUUCUCUGGGAUCAGCUCUGAAGUCAAACCCCUCCAGUCUCAGAGAACUGGAUCUGAGAGGAAACGAGCUGCAGGAUUCAGGAGUGAAGCUGCUGACUGGUUUUCUGGAGAGUCCACAUUGUAGACUGGAGACUCUGAGACUGUCACAGUGUGGGAUCACAGAGGAAGGCUGUUCUUCUCUGGGAUCAGCUCUGAAGUCAAACCCCUCCAGUCUCAGAGAACUGGAUCUGAGAGACAACCGGCUGCUGGAUUCAGGAGUGAAGCUGCUGACUGGUUUUCUGGAGAGUCCACGUUGUAGCCUGGAGACUCUGAGACUGUCAGACUGUGGGAUCACAGAGGAAGGCUGUUCUUCUCUGGGAUCAGCUCUGAAGUCAAACCCCUCCAGUCUCAGAGAACUGAAUCUGAGCUUCAACAAGCUGCAGGAUUCAGGAGUGAAGCUGCUGACUGGUUUUCUGGAGAGUCCACGUUGUAGACUGGAGACUCUGAGUCUGUCAGACUGUGAGAUCACAGAGGAAGGCUGUUCUUCUCUGGGAUCAGCUCUGAAGUCAAACCCCUCCAGUCUCAGAGAACUGGAUCUGAGUGACAACAAGCUGCAGGAUUCAGGAGUGAAGCUGCUGACUGGUUUUCUGGAGAGUCCACGUUGUAGACUGGAGACUCUGAGACUGUCAGACUGUUGGAUCACAAAGAAAGGCUGUUCUUCUCUGGGAUCAGCUCUGAAGUCAAACCCCUCCAGUCUCAGAGAACUGGAUCUGAGAGACAACCACCUGCAGGAUUCAGGAGUGAAGCUGCUGACUGGUUUUCUGGAGAGUCCACGUUGUAGACUGGAGACUCUGAGUCUGUCAGGCUGUGGGAUCACAGAGGAAGGCUGUUCUUCUCUGGGAUCAGCUCUGAAGUCAAACCCCUCCAGUCUCAGAGAACUGGAUCUGAGUAUCAACCAGCUGCAGGAUUCAGGAGUGAAGCUGCUGACUGGUUUUCUGGAGAGUCCACGUUGUAGCCUGGAGACUCUGAGACUGUCAGACUGUGGGAUCACAGAGGAAGGCUGUUCUUCUCUGGGAUCAGCUCUGAAGUCAAACCCCUCCAGUCUCAGAGAACUGGAUCUGAGAGGAAACCAGCUGCAGGAUUCAGGAGUGAAGCUGCUGACUGGUUUUCUGGAGAGUCCACGUUGUAGACUGGAGACUCUGAGACUGUCAGGCUGUGGGAUCUCAGAGGAAGGCUGUUCUUCUCUGGGAUCAGCUCUGAAGUCAAACCCCUCCAGUCUCAGAGAACUGGAUCUGAGCUUCAACCAGCUGCAGGAUUCAGGAGUGAAGCUGCUGACUGGUUUUCUGGAGAGUCCACGUUGUAGCCUGGAGACUCUGAGACUGUCACGCUGUGGGAUCUCAGAGGAAGGCUGUUCUUCUCUGGGAUCAGCUCUGAAGUCAAACCCCUCCAGUCUCAGAGAACUGGACCUGAGUGGAAACGAGCUGCAGGAUUCAGGAGUGAAGCUGCUGACUGGUUUUCUGGAGAGUCCACAUUGUAGCCUGGAGACUCUGAGACUGUCAGAGUGUGGGAUCACAGAGGAAGGCUGUUCUUCUCUGGGAUCAGCUCUGAAGUCAAACCCCUCCAGUCUCAGAGAACUGGAUCUGAGUGGAAACCAGCUGCAGGAUUCAGGAGUGAAGCUGCUGACUGGUUUUCUGGAGAGUCCACGUUGUAGCCUGGAGACUCUGAGUCUGUCAUGGUGUGAGAUCACAGAGGAAGGCUGUUCUUCUCUGGGAUCAGCUCUGAAGUCAAACCCCUCCAGUCUCAGAGAACUGAAUCUGAGUGGAAACCAGCUGCAGGAUUCAGGAGUGAAGCUGCUGACUGGUUUUCUGGAGAGUCCACAUUGUAGACUGGAGACUCUGAGACUGUCAGACUGUGGGAUCAGAGAGGAAGGCUGUUCUUCUCUGGGAUCAGCUCUGAAGUCAAACCCCUCCAGUCUGAGAGAACUGGACCUGAGUAGAAACCAGCUGCAGGAUUCAGGAGUGAAGCUGCUGACUGGUUUUCUGGAGAGUCCACGUUGUAGCCUGGAGACUCUGAGUCUGUCAGGCUGUGGGAUCACAGAGGAAGGCUGUUCUUCUCUGGGAUCAGCUCUGAAGUCAAACCCCUCCAGUCUCAGAGAACUGGAUCUGAGCUUCAACCAGCUGCAGGAUUCAGGAGUGAAGCUGCUGACUGGUUUUCUGGAGAGUCCACAUUGUAGACUGGAGACUCUGAGACUGUUCAGCUGUGGGAUCACAGAGGAAGGCUGUUCUUCUCUGGGAUCAGCUCUGAAGUCAAACCCCUCCAGUCUCAGAGAACUGGAUCUGAGGUACAACCAGCUGCAGGAUUCAGGAGUGAAGCUGCUGACUGGUUUUCUGGAGAGUCCACGUUGUAGCCUGGAGACUCUGAGACUGUCAGGCUGUAGGAUCACAGAGGAAGGCUGUUCUUCUCUGGGAUCAGCUCUGAAGUCAAACCCCUCCAGUCUCAGAGAACUGGAUCUGAGAGACAACCAGCUGCAGGAUUCAGGAGUGAAGCUGCUGACUGGUUUUCUGGAGAGUCCACGUUGUAGCCUGGAGACUCUGAGACUGUCAGACUGUGGGAUCACAGAGGAAGGCUGUUCUUCUCUGGGAUCAGCUCUGAAGUCAAACCCCUCCAGUCUCAGAGAACUGGAUCUGAGCUUCAACCAGCUGCAGGAUUCAGGAGUGAAGCUGCUGACUGGUUUUCUGGAGAGUCCACGUUGUAGCCUGGAGACUCUGAGUCUGUCAUGCUGUGUGAUCACAGAGGAAGGCUGUUCUUCUCUGGGAUCAGCUCUGAAGUCAAACCCCUCCAGUCUCAGAGAACUGCAUCUGAGUGGAAACCAGCUGCAGGAUUCAGGAGUGAAGCUGCUGACUGGUUUUCUGGAGAGUCCACGUUGUAGCCUGGAGACUCUGAGACUGUCAUACUGUGAGAUCACAGAGGAAGGCUGUUCUUCUCUGGGAUCAGCUCUGAAGUCAAACCCCUCCAGUCUCAGAGAACUGGAUCUGAGUAGAAACCAGCUGCAGGAUUCAGGAGUGAAGCUGCUGACUGGUUUUCUGGAGAGUCCACAUUGUAGCCUGAAGACUCUGAGACUGUCAGGCUGUGGGAUCACAGAGGAAGGCUGUUCUUCUCUGGGAUCAGCUCUGAAGUCAAACCCCUCCAGUCUCAGAGAACUGGAUCUGAGUAGAAACCAGCUGCAGGAUUCAGGAGUGAAGCUGCUGACUGGUUUUCUGGAGAGUCCACGUUGUAGCCUGGAGACUCUGAGUCUGUCAUACUGUGGGAUCACAGAGGAAGGCUGUUCUUCUCUGGGAUCAGCUCUGAAGUCAAACCCCUCCAGUCUCAGAGAACUGGAUCUGAGUGAAAACAAGCUGCAGGAUUCAGGAGUGAAGCUGCUGACUGGUUUUCUGGAGAGUCCACGUUGUAGCCUGGAGACUCUGAGACUGUCAGGCUGUGGGAUCACAGAGGAAGGCUGUUCUUCUCUGGGAUCAGCUCUGAAGUCAAACCCCUCCAGUCUCAGAGAACUGCAUCUGAGUGAAAACCAGCUGCAGGAUUCAGGAGUGAAGCUGCUGACUGGUUUUCUGGAGAGUCCACGUUGUAGACUGGAGACUCUGAGACUGUCACACUGUGGGAUCACAGAGGAAGGCUGUUCUUCUCUGGGAUCAGCUCUGAAGUCAAACCCCUCCAGUCUCAGAGAACUGGAUCUGAGUUACAACAAGCUGCAGGAUUCAGGAGUGAAGCUGCUGACUGGUUUUCUGGAGAGUCCACGUUGUAGCCUGGAGACUCUGAGACUGUCAGGCUGUGGGAUCACAGAGGAAGGCUGUUCUUCUCUGGGAUCAGCUCUGAAGUCAAACCCCUCCAGUCUCAGAGAACUGCAUCUGAGCUUCAACGAGCUGCAGGAUUCAGGAGUGAAGCUGCUGACUGGUUUUCUGGAGAGUCCACGUUGUAGCCUGGAGACUCUGAGUCUGUCACACUGUGGGAUCUCAGAGGAAGGCUGUUCUUCUCUGGGAUCAGCUCUGAAGUCAAACCCCUCCAGUCUCAGAGAACUGGAUCUGAGAGGAAACCUGCUGCAGGAUUCAGGAGUGAAGCUGCUGACUGGUUUUCUGGAGAGUCCACGUUGUAGCCUGGAGACUCUGAGUCUGUCAGGCUGUGGGAUCACAGAGGAAGGCUGUUCUUCUCUGGGAUCAGCUCUGAAGUCAAACCCCUCCAGUCUCAGAGAACUGGAUCUGAGUUACAACCAGCUGCAGGAUUCAGGAGUGAAGCUGCUGACUGGUUUUCUGGAGAGUCCACGUUGUAGCCUGGAGACUCUGAGUCUGUCAUGGUGUAGGAUCACAGAGGAAGGCUGUUCUUCUCUGGGAUCAGCUCUGAAGUCAAACCCCUCCAGUCUCAGAGAACUGGAUCUGAGGUACAACCAGCUGCAGGAUUCAGGAGUGAAGCUGCUGACUGGUUUUCUGGAGAGUCCACAUUAUAGACUGGAGACUCUGAGAUGGAAGUGAUCAGCUGAGUGCUGAUGAUCCAGAGAGCAUCUGGUCUUGUUCUGACGUUCCAACGCUUGUUUUGCUGAUGUUUCUGCCGCUUCGUUUCCAUUUACCCGUCUCUGUGCUGGCACCCACAUGAAUGCCACCAAAAUACCACUGCUGACUAAGUGGGAGCAGUGUUUCCUAUAUGUCGUUGAUUAUAUCCUGCCUGCUAUGAGAUGUGACUGUAAUGAUGAUAACGCUGAACUGGAAUCUGAACCAAUGACAACCUUUCUGACCUGAAGCUCCUCCACCCACUGCAGCGCUGGUCAGACGGCCAAAGCCUCAACUGUCACCACGACAGAUGGUCUGAUGACCUUCGUCUGACCUCAUAGUUAAAGGAACGAUAACUGCAAAUCCAGUUCUCCCUGUAUUGGGCUCUUUAGAUCCAUCUGUGUCCGCCGGGGUAAACGAUUGAUCUGCUGUCUGCAGUGUCUCCUCUUCUCCUCGUUGUCUAGUUGUUGUCUUUGGUUCCGUCUUCCCUGUGCCUGGAUAUUCUUGACCUGCCUGUUUGACCCUGCCUGCUUGCCCUGACCCCGAUUCCCUGCCUGCCCCCUUUUGGACGUUUUGCUUUUUUUGGAACUUUUGUCUGAUUAAAGAGUUUUUUUGUUCUUCACAUCUGAGUCCUGCCUGUCUCUCUGCGCCUGAGCCCCACCCCGUGACAAGAACCUGACAAAUAUGAUAUUAUGGCAUAAAAAGUCAUAUACAAAUAAUCGUAUAAGAUGUAAAAAUAUAGCCUUUAAAAAGUAUCUCAUAAGUCCUCAUUUGUAUGUCAUAACAAAUCAACUAUGUCAUAGUAUGGCAUUUAAAUUUGAUAUCAAAAUAUAUCAUAAGAGUCAUAAUAUUGUUAGACAUAGAAAUGUCACAAGACAUGCCACAGUAGAGUAUGUCGUAAAAACACAUGAACGUCACACGCCAAGAUAGCGCCGUUAUUCUGAUCGCUUCUUAGAGUUUCAGCAGUUAUAUUACAUUUGUUCAUUUUGGCGUCUUUUUACGCUGUCAGUAGUUGUUCUUUUUAUAUAAACUUUAAAAUUAGAGUGCGUGAACCCAGCAGCAGAGGGGAAACGCUGCCCCCUGGCGGCCUGGAGCAGAUUUGACAGUCGUUACACAUUGCACCUUCAAAUGCUGAUGAUUUAUUCUUGAAUAAAUGUAUUGUUCACUUUAAAUGUGUUGUUCACUUUAACACGUGAAUGGAGGAAGUCUCACAACAAAUGACACACUGGCACUUCUAUGAAACGGGACUGAAACUUUGAUUUUAUUUCAGGAAAUUAAAUGAAAAUGGUAGAAUGUGAAAAGUGAAACAGCAACGUCUGAAUGCAGAUUCAUAUUUAUACACUGAGAAGAUUAAAUACCUUAAAUUACGCUCUAGAUUAGUUGUAUUUUUUUCUCAUUGGUGAGUAUUUGUUCUGUAUGUAAAUGCCUGCUGGGACAUCUGUGUUUCAGUUUUGUUUGUUUGGGGGGGAAAAAUCUACUAUUUACUGUUUUAUCAUAUUCAUUUAUAGCUCUGUCUCUCUGAAUUUUGAGAAUUCAAAAUGUGGAAUGAUUUAAUAACAUAUAAACCAAGCUGCCUGAAACAAGAAGCAUCAAAUAGUGAAUAACUGGUCAACUUAAAAGGAAUGUGGAACCUUUAAAUCCCAAGAAAUGUAAUUAAUAAGUUGGGAGCAAAAACAAAGAAGCGUAAAAUAUUUACACACACAUAGUCAGUGUGAACAAUGACAACAAUAUGACGCAACCAGAAGAAGAGUUGAAGACAUUAAUGUGUUGAAGGCGACCUCUUGUUUCUAUGAUUUCAUUGUUGAGACGUAAGAACAAAACAAUGCGUUGGGACGACUCCGACUUCGCUCCUGACAAACAGAUGUGUUGCAGCAACAUGUAACUGCAACGACUCUGAAUAAUAAUAACUUCAUCAUAUAUAAUAAAUAACUUGAGCUUUC